ACUUGCCCAAUUGCUCAUGAAUUAAAAAAAAUUAUUAAAGACAAAAAAAAAAAAACAUGUCCAAAAAAACUUGCAACAAAAUCCAAAUACAUUCUGCUUUUAUCUUCCAGUUGCUUAAUCUGGAUUUAGAGUUUGAUGGCUGCCCACGUAUCAACUUUCCAAUCCCUUGCUUUCUCAUCUCAUCCCUUCAAUCUUCAAAUGAAUUUGCUUCAUUUUAAUUCUUUCAAUGCAUCAAUCCCAUCUUCUUCUUACUCUUCUAGAUCAUUACAUGGUGGGUGUAAAUGGAGCUUGAUUACUUGUUCUUCUUCAAAUGGGUCAAGACCCGACCCAAUUGAUGAUGGAGUGAAGAGCAUUGAGGAAAUUCUUGCUGAGAAAAGGAGGGCAGAAUUAACUGCUAGAAUUGCUUCUGGGGAAUUCACUGUUAAGCAACCUAGCUUACCCAUGACAUUGAGAAAGAAUCUGUCGAAGUUGGCAAUUCCUACACCUAUUCUGGAUUUUAUAUUCAAACCUUUUGAAGAUUAUGAAAAGUUUUCUAGAAUUCCUGAGGCAAAAGGGGAAAUAGCAGCUAUUCGUAGUGAGGCCUUCUUCUUGCCUUUGUACGAUCUAUAUCUCACUUAUGGGGGCGUAUUCAGGCUAAAGUUUGGACCGAAGGCUUUUCUAAUUGUUUCUGAUCCUAAAGUUGUCAAGCAUAUCCUAAAGGAUAAUUCUAAAGCUUACUCUAAGGGUAUCUUGGCUGAAAUUCUAGACUUUGUUAUGGGGAAGGGACUCAUUCCUGCGGAUGGAGAGAUUUGGCGUGUGCGAAGACGUGCUAUAGUCCCUGCAUUACAUCAAAAAUUUGUGACGGCCAUGAUUGGCCUCUUUUGCCAAGCUACGGAUAGACUUUGCAAGAAGCUAGAUGCUGCUUCUACGGCGGGAGAAGCAGUGGAAAUGGAAUCACUUUUUUCACAUUUAACGCUAGAUAUUAUUGGAAAAGCUGUAUUUAAUUAUGAUUUUGAUUCAUUAUCAAACGAUACUGGGAUUGUUGAGGCUGUUUACACUGUUUUGAGAGAGGCGGAAGCCAGAAGUACUGCUCCAAUACCGGUCUGGGAAAUACCCAUAUGGAAGGAUGUAUCUCCGAGACUAAAAAAGGUGAAUGCAGCGCUCAAGUUGGUAAAUGAUACACUUAAUGACCUGAUAGCAAUCUGCAAGAGGAUGGUAGAAGAAGAGGAGCUGCAAUUUCACGAAGAGUAUAUGAACGAACAAGAUCCUAGUAUUCUUCAUUUUCUUUUGGCAUCAGGAGAUGACGUUUCGAGCAAGCAACUUCGUGAUGACUUAAUGACACUCCUAAUUGCUGGUCAUGAAACAUCUGCAGCAGUACUAACAUGGACUUUCUAUCUCCUGUCUCAGAAUCCAGGAGUAGUGGAAAAGCUUCGAUACGAGGUGGAUACGGUUUUGGGCGAAAGGUUUCCGACAAUUCAAGACUUGAAGAACCUUAAAUAUGCAAGUCGAGUGAUCAGCGAAUCUUUGAGGCUUUACCCACAACCUCCUGUCUUGAUUCGUCGUUCUCUUGAAGAGGACAUGCUUGGACCAUACCCGAUCAAGAAGGGUGAAGAUAUUUUCAUAUCCGUAUGGAACCUGCAUCGUAGCCCAAGUUUUUGGGAUGACGCAGACAAAUUCAUUCCUGAAAGGUGGCCAGUGGAUGGGCCUGCCCCAAACGAGACUAACCAAAAUUUCAAAUACCUCCCAUUUGGUGGAGGCCCGCGGAAGUGUAUAGGGGACAUGUUUGCUUCUUACGAGAACGUAGUAGCAUUAGCUAUGCUCAUUCGGCAAUUUGACUUUGAGCUGGCACCUGAUGCCCCUCCUGUAAAGAUGACCACAGGUGCAACCAUCCACACGACAAAUGGGCUUAUGAUGAGCGUAAGGCGAAGAACCAAUUUUCAUCCUACUGACCCCAAAAUUCCUGUUGUGGAUACUGCUUCUCCUGCAAACGUUACUGAGGCUGCUAUGCCCAAUGGAUCAAAAGAGGGAAUUUUCUAGAGCGCCUACCUCACAGGACUAAAACGAUCAUCUAUUAUAGAGAAAGACCGGCUUUUCUUAUUGGAAUAACCAUAUCCAUGGUCUACUUUGGUUACAAUUUGAUCUUCAUUGCACUCGGACCAACUGCAGUAUUGGAUCACGGAAUCAAGCACAAAGUUCAUAGCCUCCACCUUCCCCCACCCUUGGGCAGGACUAAAAAAUAUCCUCCCUAAUACAAUUAGAAAAGACCCAGUGUUGAAACCAUUGGGCAAUCGUCGUAAAUAUUCAAAUAUUCAUUUCUGUGAUUUGAUGAGUAAUUUCAAAUGAAAACCUCACUUGUAUAUCUUGCAAAUGAGAAAAGACGAUGGCCUAGUGUUUAAAGUACUACAACUCCAAACAAUGUACACUGAUACAAAAUGUUUCUAUACAGAAUUGAAUGUUGUUUCAUUUAGACCAAUUAUCACUUUCACCGGAUAAAGGUUUUGGUUCAAUUCUCAAUCAACUCUCCCUUUCAUUCAGCCUUUCCUGAAUCCAAAUAUAAAUAAAAUGAAACGAUUACAGGUGGUAUAGAUACAUAUGGAAAUACAAUUUCUUAAAGGCUGCACAAGCAACAGGUCAAACCGCAAGGAGUUAAAAAGGCUGGUUAGUGAAGUCAACACAAUUUUAUCAUACUUGGCUAUAAAUAGCUCAAAACUAUC